AUGGAUCCCCGGCGCGGAAAUGCCACGCGGAGAGCUUCGAAGGCCAGAGCCGCCACCCCCAAGGUUCUGGCGCAAGGAGAGAAGGGUCCCCGGGGUGAGCCCAGCGAAUCUCCGGCCGCCCUUGGUGCCGCCGGGCCCAAAGCACAGAAGUGCGGCCCCGUCGGGGCAUCUGGAUCCCGGCGGAAGAAGAGUGCCCCGGGCUCCACGGAGAGACCACAGGUGCGCGCUCGGAGUGUCCGCGCCAAAAAGGCGCCUCUGGGCGCUGAGGACGUGGUGGAGGGGCUGGCGGUUCCGGCGGAGAAGCUGGCGUCUCCUGCGGCCUCCGGGCAGCACCUUCUCAGGACCGGAUCUCGCCGCGAGAGGGACGCGCGCGCCGCUCAGGAGCAGAGAGACUUGCCAGAGCCCACGGAGGUCUCCGGCCUCGGCCCGCUUCUUCCAGAGUGGAGUCUGAGGCAGAAGAGGGAGGCGCCUGGCGCCUGGAAGCCCCGAGCGGUGCUGGAAAAGUUGAGGCUGAGGCGCGAGGAAAUCUCAGUGGCGGCGGAGAUUGUGAACAGGGUUGUGGACCGCCUGCUGCGGAGAUUGCAGAGCUGUGAGUCUGAUUUCAAAGGGGUCUCGCUGCUGCGCACCGGAAGUUACUACGAGCGCGUGAAGAUUUCUGCUCCUAAUGAAUUUGAUAUAAUGUUCAAACUGGAGGUCCCCAGAAUUCAGCUAGAAGAAUAUUGCAACAGCGGUGCUUUUUACUUUGUGAAGUUCAAAAGAAAUCCCAAAGGAAAUCCUCUGAGUCAGUUUUUAGAAGAUGAAAUAUUAUCAGCUUCUAAGAUGCUGUUCAAGUUUAGGAAGAUCAUUAAGGAAGAAAUUAAAAACAUUCAAGAUACAGAUGUCAUUAUGCAGAGGAAGAAGAGGGGGAGCCCUGCUGUAACACUUCUUAUUAGAAAACCUAAAGAAAUAUCUGUGGAUAUAAUCCUGGCUUUGGAGUCAAAAAGCAGCUGGCCUGCUAGCACCCAGGAAGGACUGCCCAUCAGUCAGUGGCUUGGGACAAAAGUUAAAACCGACUUGAGACGACAGCCAUUUUACCUGGUACCCAAGCAUGCAAAGGAAAGAAAUGGUUUUCAAGAAGAAACAUGGCGGCUGUCCUUCUCUCACAUUGAAAAGGACCUUUUGAAAAGUCAUGGACAUUCUAAAACAUGCUGUGAAACUGAUGGAGUAAAAUGUUGCAGGAAAGAUUGCUUAAAACUAAUGAAGUAUCUCUUAGAACAAUUGAAAAUAAAGUUUGGACACCGAAAGGAACUGGAUAAAUUCUGCUCCUACCAUAUGAAAACUGCCUUCUUUCAUGUCUGUACCCAGGACCCGCAAGACAGUCAGUGGCACCCCAGAGACCUAGAGCUCUGCUUUGAUAACUGCGUGACAUACUUUCUUGAGUGCCUCAAGAUUGAACAACUCAAGCAUUAUUUUAUUCCUGGAUUCAAUCUAUUCGCUCGGGACCAAAUUGACAAAAUAAGUAAAGAAUUUCUAUCACAGCAAAUUGAAUAUGAAAGAAACAAUGGAUUUCCAGUUUUUCAUGAAUUUUGA